AUGCUCCAUCUCUCAUCACUUGUUUCUAGUGAGAACAGCAAUGCAACUGUUACAACAACAACACUUGAAAAUGUAUCACCUCCAAUGAUCACCAUCACAAAUAUAGCAAACAACAAGAGUAUUAAGGUACCUCUUUGUGUCAGUGAUUGCACAAUUUCUGAUUUGAAAAAACAACUGUUGAAUAACCACGAGUAUAUGGAAGGGUUAUUUUGCAAGUCUAAUUUUCCUUUAAAGUUUGUUGAAGAUGUCAUGUUGAUUAGAAACGGAAAGGAACUAAAAGAUACCACGUGCUGGUAUGAUCCAUCUGAAACAUCGUUCAAUGUUUUCCUGCUCACGAAAAAGCCUCAAUACUUUGUCAAGCUCAUGAUGGAAGGAGGUAGAACAAUCAUUGUCGACAGUGAAGCCAUCACUUUUGAGUCCACAGUGGCCGAGUUUAAAAAAUUUGUGGAAAAACGAAUGAGGGUAAACAUGUCAGAGGUGAAUGAGCAAAGACAGCUUGUACUUUUGAGGAAUCAACAGAAAAUUCUUGAUGAAUCACAGAGCAUUGGAAUGGUGUUCCCGUCUCAAUCGACCCUUAGUCUAGUAUUCUUGUAA